AUGCUCCUGAGAUUUGGACAGGUGCUUCAUUUGAAGAAAUACAUCCAUGGAGGUUUGUCUUUUGCAUCCUUGGCGUUUUUUAAGGACUUAAAUGCAUUAAUCCAUGUGGCUGAUAUUGGAAGUGUUAUUUUUGGUUUUAGGUUUUCUUCGAGGUUAACGGGUGAAAAUGGAGUUAAUUCAGAGGUGCAAGAAGAAAUUAUACUUGCUAUUACUGAAGCUACAAUGGAAGAUGAUGAUAUGGAAGAUGAUGAAAUGGAAGAAGAUAAAAUGGAAGAAGAUGAGAUGUGUUGA